UAUAAUCCCUUUAACAUAUGGCCGGAAGAAGCCACUUCAUCGCAAGUUGUUGGUGAUCAAACAAACGGUUUUGAUGUUGUUAUAUACACAGAAAAGAUAGCGAACAAGAAUUACUUACCACAUUGCAACCGUGUGUUCAUUGAUAGAACAAGGAAUUUCAUGAGGAUGUUACACAGAUACAUUCUAAUAGCGAUCACAGGUUAUUUGGCCAGUGGUGCUGGUGCCGAUGUUUUAGAAAUCCCGGUGAAAGUUAAUCAGGAUGCCAGUUUACCAUGCAGAUUGCCAAUGGGCAGUCACAAGGACGUAAACGUUCGGUGGUUUAGUGAGAAAGAUGGCUGGUUGACUUCCGGUAGAAUAGUGUAUAAGCAUCAAAACCAGAUCAGUGUGAUCAAACCUGCACCUAACGAGUGGAACCUUCGUAUAAUUAAAGUUACUGUGGCAUUUGAGGACACAUACACCUGCAAAACAGAACAAGGGACAGUUAUUAGGACUGUGAAGUUAAUAAUAGAAACAUCUCCCAAGAUUGAUGAAUCAGCGUCGUCCCCAAGUCGUUUAACUGUUAAAGAAACCGGCACCGCUGAACUGACAUGCGCAGUUACAGGCUCACCGACACCGGAAAUACACUGGUACAGAGGAAAAAAUCCAAUUGAUAUCAAAGGUUCCGUGUUGAAGAUACCUGGCAUAACGAGAUAUGCAGCAGACGAAUAUAUGUGUCGUGCUAUAAAUAAAAAUGGCGAGGCGGAGAGACGGUUUAAUGUCACUGUCAGCUUUGCACCGGAAGUGACUGUCAUGGAACCGGAAGUAUACGCUGCUGGUGGAGAAGUUGCUGUAAUGUCAUGUGUUGUGCAAGGUUCGCCGUUGUAUGGUACAUACUGGACAAUGGGAACUGACGUUUACGGCAAACCAAUCAAAGCAAACUGGAAAUAUCUCGUGAUGCAAGAGGAUGGGGGCGAUGGUAUACCUGUCAAGUUUUUGACACUGAUUAUACGUAAAUCUAUACUCGCCCAUAAGGACUAUGGCGUGUACACAUGUGUAGCAAAAGGAGAGAAUCAGGUGGCACAGGCCGCGGUGGUGCUCAAAGAAAAGACAGCGGUAAAUGCAGAAGAAGAAAAACAGAAGGUGAUAAAAUACGACUGAUCAAGUGGAAAAUACUGAUCAAUGAGAGACACAGGGCAGAAAAAAUAUAUAUUUUGUAAUAGACGAG